AUGAUGGCAGAGGAGUUUGAUCGGAGAGAACAGAUCAAACAAGGCAAGAGGAAGGAGACUAGGAAUCCGAUACAUAUUUCCGAUGGAGACAAGAGGAACGAUCCCAUGGCAUCUCAUGGUCUCGGUGACGAUCAGGCUCAUGUCUACUACGGUAGCGGUCAUUCCUCUCACUCAAGCCGGCGCCGAUCUAGAAGGCCGCGAGAUGAGCCAGACCGUAUGUUGGAAAACUUGGGAGGUUACAAAAUGAAGAUUCCACCGUUCCAUGGCCGGAACAAUCCAGACGAGUACAUGGACUGGGAAAAGAAGUGCGAGUUCAAUUUCAACUUGCACAACAUCAUUGGCGACAACCGUGUCAAGCUAGCCGUCUCGGAGUUCAACGAUUAUGCGCUGAGAUGGUGGGAAGCAAAUCAUUUUGGCUCGCGAGAUUGGUGGUGCCUUUGA